AUGUCCGCCGCUCAUCACGACGACGAGCUUGUCCCCGAGCAGACUGCCGGCUUCAAGGUCGGCGAAUCAAAGACCAUCGACGAGUACAAACAACUAGACCAAAACGACGAAUCUCUUAGGAAGUGGAAGGAGAGUCUCGGCCUAGGAGCGGGUAACACCAUCUCUGAUCCCAAUGAUCCGCGUAAGGUCGAAGGACGCGACGACAUCAUCAUCGACCUGAAGUCACCGGGCGCAGUUGAGCAUCUCAAGGAGAAGCCCUUCACCAUCAAAGAAGGCGCAAAGUUUCGUAUGAAGGCGCAGUUCAAGGUUCAGCAUCAGAUUCUGUCAGGCUUGAAAUACGUUCAAGUGGUCAAGCGUGGUAUCAUCAGUAACAAGGCCCAAGAGAUGAUUGGAUCGUACAGCCCCAACACGACUGAUAAGCCAAGCUAUGAGAAGAAGUUCGAAGCCGAGACUGCUCCUUCUGGUAUGAUGGCACGUGGUCAUUACAAUGCUGUCUCCAAGUUCAUCGACGACGACAAUGUUACUCAUUUGAAGCUCGAGUGGUCCUUUGAUCUCAAGAAGGACUGGUAG